AUGUUGCCGAAUUUUGUUCUUGAGACACCUACGUCUGAGGAACCGUAUGGCGCCGAGUUAUGGGCGUGUGGGUUUAAUGCGUGGGGACAGUUGGAUUUUGAUGGGGAGGAGCGGAAUAGGAAUCUUGGAAAGAAGACGGCGUUGAAGGGGGUGCAAUAUGAGGAUUAUCGGGUGUGGACGAAGAGACUCGUUGAUCAGGAGAAUAUAACUUUUCUAAAGGGAGGAUACAAUAGUGUGAUAGUCAAAACCGGAUCAGAUACAGACUACCUUGCCAACAACAAAAUCCUCUCCAAACUCCCAGAUGAUCUCGACUACCCUAUCGGACAACUCUGCGGGAUGGUGAGAGAAGCAUGGUGUACCGCCUUCAACACAAGAGAGGUCACGAUCAUGGCUGGCAACCCCCCUACGAUCCAAUAUUUUGAUUACUUAAAUCCUCAUACCAGGACAAAAAAAAGUGAUCAAGAGACGUUUCCAUUUUCCGAUGUCGUCCAGAUCGUCGCCAACGCAACCGCUUUCCAGGCCUUAAGCUCAACCGGAGAAGUAGUAAGCUGGGGCGAUUCACGAUAUCCACAAGUAUUAGCACGACCUGUUACCGAUCAGACCCCGGCAAAGACUCCCCAUCCAAUCCUCAGCGUCCGCGAUCUUCCAACCGGCCGAAUCCGCAAAAUCUCAGCAGGACCCUACUUCACAGCCGGCAUCACCACCGGAAACGACCUCUACAUCUGGGGUCAACCACCACCCGGCCCAGAAAACGAAGAGGAGCCUAAUCCCAUAAACUCCCUCCUCGACGAUGAUGCCGUCUCGAUCGACUGUCACGGCCACGACAUAUUAGACGUCGCGUGCGGCAAGGAUUGCAUGUUAGUUUUGACCGUCAACCACAAGCUAUUCGUGCUAGGCAGUAAUGCGAAUGGGCAGUUAGGACUCGGCGAUGUGGAAAGCGUGGCGGAAUGGACCGAAGUAACAUUACCGUUGAAAGAGGGAGGCAUUAUCAAGAGUGUGCAUACGGGGUAUAAGAACUCGUUUGUGGUGGUGGAGAAUCCGCGGGAUUUGGGGAUCAUUAUGGAUUUGAAAGCGAGACAGGUGACGCUGGAUGCGAAAAUGAAAAUGAAGAGUGCGUUACAGAAGUAUGUGGAGAGCGAGGGAAGGAAAAGGCAGUUGGAGCAUGGUGAGCCGGAUAAUGAGCGUCCGUGUGAUGUGAAUACGUUCCUGGUGGCGUCGUGUUUGAUGGAUCUUAAUCUGCAACAAGCGAUAGAAUUUGAGAGGAAUCGGGGGGAAGCCAGGCGUAGUGUUGGGAAGGAUGAAAAGACGAAUGAUGAUGAUGGGGACAAUGGAAUGGAUGUCGAUCAUGAGGCGGAUGGAACGGUCAGCGGUGAUGACAGGAUUGGAAAGGCUGAUGAUGAUGAUAAGGAUGGACGUUGA